GAGCUUUGGAUCACAGAGCUCUUGUUGCAGCAUCCCUGGAGCAGCUACUGUUAUCUGAAACACAAGGGCCAGGAUAGGGGAACAGAUCUAAAGAAGAGAUAGACGGGGAAUCCUCUGGAAUCAUCCAGGGGUCUGGUUGCUUUGUGUGGAGGGGAGCAGGAGGUGAGAAGAAGUGUUUUCCAUGUAAACACCCCCUCAGAAGGGAUAAGCGGAGGAGCGGUAGAGAGAGGAGGAAGGGUAGAGAGAGGAGGGGUAGAGAGAGGGGAAACGUUCCUUCUCCCUAGGAUAUUACCCCUCUAUCUGGCUACCUACUACGGCUCCUUUAAAAAAAGUAGUGGUAAUCCCAUCACAUCAAGGAAAGUGACAAAGCCUGAGACUGGCCCUGGAUGUGAUUGGUUGAGAUCUUGCACUGCACAUGUUCCGCAUUAGAUGAAUAGACAGACAGCUGGCAGACUGCAUUCUGAGGUUCUGCCUGGAGAGUGUGUUCUGGUGUACUCAAUGCAUUCCCAAUGCUUCAGCAGACCUCAGUCCAGAGAGAGUCAACCUGUGGCUGUUGUGACACACCUGAGAUACAGACAAGAGUCACAUUGAGACAACCACAGCAGUGGGACACAAGACAACUCUCCACAUUGCUUUGUUGUUUCCUCUUAGCUGAAACCAUGGAUAUGACUACGGCCAAGACCACCACAAGCUUUAUCUCCACUGUCUCCAGCACCUCCAUGACCCCCAUUCUCACUGUUACAACGGAUGCCAGGAUGGAACAGGAGAUGGUCACAGAGUCCAGGACAAAACUCAUGACCACUAACAUAACUAUAACAACAACCAACGAGACAAGCUUCAAUGCCACCAAGCUGCCAGAGUUGGAGCUCGAGGGCUCUGAGAUGGGCAUGGUGUUGGUGCCCUUUGGCAUUAUCACUGUAAUUGGCCUGACAUUGGUCGUGAUGCUGUACAUCAGGAAACGGAAGAGACUGGAGAAGCUGAGGCACCAGCUGAUGCCCAUGUAUAACUUUGAUCCGGCAGAGGAACAGGAUGACUUGGAACAGGAACUCCUGGACCACAACCUCACAGGACCCAAUAACAAGACUCUCACGACCUCCCAGGGGACGACACAGAGGCCCAGUCGCCUGGUCUUCACAGACGUAGCCAACGGUCUCAAUGCAUAACUACACUCUUAAAGACAUGAGAGGGGACUGGGGGGCGUGGGGACGGGACUAGCUAUUCCGUCAUUGAGAUAUGUUGCUCAGGAAAAAAAGGAAAACUGGAAUGAAGGCCAUGGAAACAUACUGAUGUCUGGGGGAUGUUUUUCAGGCUGUGCUAUAAGGGAAUUCUGAUGUUUAAGUUGUAAUGUAGUCAUAGUUUAACUGUGAGGUUCUCCCAUCAUUGUCAUUAGUCCACAUCAUCUACAGUGACUAUGGUGGGAUAUAUGGGGAAAUUAGGUGGACUUUAUUGAACUAAGGAUUUUGUACUGGUUGUUAUUUGUUGCACAAAUACUUAAUGGGUUUUUGUUGGAUCACUGUCUUUCUCUGUAGUUAAGUGAUAGUGGUGGUAGAACUCCUACGUCCAUCUUCAUUGAAAACUUUGUCUAGAAUGUAUUCAUUUCCACAUGUUCGUAUUUUGCUGCUAAAAUGUAGACAACCACAUUUGAGAAGAGUCUCCUCUAAAAUGGUUAUGCAAAAAUGUUGACUUUUUACUGCUUCCAUAAUGGUGGUGGACUAGAGACCUGGAACGACAAGGAAAUGGACAUUCUACACAUUGAAGAACUAAAACACGACAUCAGGAGAUCUGGAGGACAAUGCCUGGGGUACUGUAACCCACCUAGUGUACAUUACUGUACCCCUGUCCACACAUCCAAAAUGUGUCUUUCAGCACUUCUGUCUCUAUCGCCCCUUUGCCCUCAAAGUAUUAGUAUAUUUCCUCUAAGUAAUAAAGUAUUAGUAUAUUUCCUCUAAGUAAUAAAGUAUUAGUAUGUUUCCUCUAUAACAAGUAAUAAAGCAGCAACAUUGGUUUCUAUACACUUAAAGAUACAGUAUUUAACCAACAGUAUUUUGACGACCACUUAUUGUGCCGCUACUUUUUGAUGAAUACAUGACAGACGAACAUAGCUAUGUGAUACUU